GUCAGAGCCAACGACGCCGACACCGGCACCAACGGAGAGAUCGAUUACAGCCUGCACCAGGCGUCGGACACGGUCCAGAGGCUCCUGCGCAUCGACCGCUCCACAGGCAUCAUCUACGUGAAGGGCCUGGUGGACCGCGAGGAGGAGAGCUUCCUCAAGUUCUUUGUGGUCGCCAAGGAUCGCGCACCCAACGCCAAGAGCUCCAAGGUCCUGGUGACCAUCAACGUCAAGGACCAGAACGACAACGCGCCCGCCAUCGAGAUCCGCGGCAUCGGCUUGGUGACGCACCAGGACGGCAUUGCAAACAUCUCGGAGGACAUGCCCAUCGGCACGCCGGUGGCGCUGGUCCAGGUGUCGGACCGCGACGAGGGGGAGAACGCGGUGGUGACGUGCGUGGUCGCCGGUGACGUCCCCUUUCAGCUCCGACCGGCGAGCGAGUCGGCCAACGACCGGAAGAGGAAGUACUUCCUGCAGACGACCACGCUGCUGGAUUACGAGCGUGUGAAGGAUUACAGGAUUGAAAUAGUGGCGGUGGAUUCUGGGAAUCCGGCGCUGUCCAGCACCAACGCUCUCCGGGUCCAGGUCACGGACAUGAACGACAACACGCCGAGCUUCUCUCCCGCGAUGCUCGAGGUGGACUUCCCGGAGGGCAACCAGCCGGGCGACGCGGUGCUGAGCGUCGUGGCGACGGACGCGGACAGCGGCACCAACGCGGAGCUGGCGUACAGCAUCAUCGAGCUCUCGGCCAGCAGGCUGUUUGAAAUCGACGCCAACAGCGGAGAGAUCCGCGUGAAGAACCUGCUGGAUCGGGAGGAGACGGAGCGCUACGAGUUCCGCGUGGCGGCGGCGGACAAGGGAGUCCCGAGUAAAACCGGCACCGCUACCGUGGUCAUCAAUGUUCUGGACCGCAAUGACAAUGACCCCAAGUUCAUGCUGAGCGGCUACAGCUUCUCCGUCAUCGAGAACAUGGCGCCGCUCAACCCCGUCGGCGUCGUGACCGUCACUGACAACGACGAGGGCGAGAACGCCAGAGUGAGGCUGUUUGUGGAACCGGACAACGGCAAGUUUGUCAUCCAGAACGGCACCGGCACCAUCCUGUCCAGCAUCUCCUUCGACCGCGAGAAGGAGAGCACCUACACCUUCCGGCUGAAGGCCGUGGACGCCGGCGACCCGCCUCGAUCCUCCUACGUCGGCGUCACCAUCAACGUCCUGGACGAGAACGACAACGCCCCCUACGUCACCAAACCGGCGAACUCCUCCUACACGUACAUGUCGCCGGUCACGCAGCCGGAGACCCGCGUGGAGGUGGUGGAGGCCGAGGACAUCGACUACGGCCCCAACGCCGAGCUGGUGUACACCAUCACCGGCGGCAACCCGUACGGACUGUUCCACAUCUCGCCGACCAGCGGGGAGAUCACGCUGGCGCAGGAAUUCACCGGCAAGCACACCGGGCUGCACCGCCUGGUGGUGAGGGUCAGCGAUAAAGGCAAACCUCCCCGCCACACCACCGCCCUCGUGCACGUCUUUGUGAACGACACCAAAUCCAACGUGUCGCUCAUCGAGGCGCUGGUCGGGCACAGCCUGUACACCCCUCUGGACCGCGACAUCGCCGGAGACCCCAACUACGCCCACGCUCAGCGCAGCAACAUCCUGUACGGCAGCCUCGCGGGGAUCGCCGGCGUGAUCCUGGUGAUUGUGGCCGUGGUGGUGAUCCGGCACCGGCUGCAGAAGGACACGAAGAGCGGCUACCAGGCCGGCAAGAAGGAGAGCAAGGAUCUGUACGCGCCGAAGCAAGGCCCCAAAAACGGCAAAGGGAAGAAGAGCAAAAAGGGUAAAGCCCCGAAACCGGCAAAACCGCUGGAGGAGGACGAAGAGGCGAGCUUACAGAAAGGCCUCAAGUUCAACCUCAUCAACGACGCCGUCAACGACAGUCCCAGAAUCCACCUGCCCCUCAACUACCCGCCGGGGAGCCCCGACCUCGGCCGCCACUACCGCUCCAACUCCCCUCUGCCGUCCAUCCAGCUCCAACCGCAGUCGCCCUCCGCCUCCAAGAAGCACCAGGCCGUUCAGGACCUCCCCGCCACCAACACCUUCGUGGGAACGGGCGACAACAACUCCACGGGCUCCGACCAAUAUUCGGAUUACAGCUACAAGGCCAACCCGCCCAAAUACAGCAGCAAACAGCUUCCUCACCGCCGGGUUACCUUCUCCACCGCCAAUCAGGCACAGGACCUCCAGGACGCGUCCCAGCACAGCUACUACGACAGCGGCCUGGAGGAGUCGGAGACGCCCAGCUCCAAGUCGUCUUCGGGGCCGCGGAUCGGGCCGCUGGCGCUCCCGGAGGACCACUACGAGCGGACCACGCCCGACGGCAGCAUCGGCGAGAUGGAGCACCCGGAGAACGACCUCAGGCCUCUUCCCGACGUGGCGAUGACCGGUAACUGCACCCACGAGUGCACCGAGUUCGGCCACUCCGACUCCUGCUGGAUGCCCGGUCAGCCUUCCCCCACCCGCAAGGUGUCCAAGAACGCCCCCAAGCUCUCCACCUUUGUGCCUUACCAGGAGAUGGACGGGCAGGAGCAGCUCAUGGCCAACGGCAGCCCCAAGCCCAUGGCGACGGAGGAGCGCGGGACGGGCAGUGGCGGCGGCGGCAGCAGUUCCAAAGUGGCCAACAUGCGGUUCAUGACGCCCUACAGCAGUGCCUACCCUGGGGGUGGAGACUCCGGUAAAGACUGUGGGCUGGAGGAGAUCCCACUGAGCCAGGCGGUGGAGUACCACUCGGCCACCACUCCGACCGGCCAGACCUCCAAGAGGGAGAUCUACCUGUGAGGGCUCAGCUCUCCACCUUAAAAACCCCCAACCCCCGUCCCUAGGCUCCUCAUCAUCCCUUGUCGCUGCUCGCCACCACCUGUCCCACCUCCUCACUGCCGCCCCCUGUGCCUAUUACUUGCUGAUGCCACAGCACCGACUCCCCUUCGUCCUUUUUAUAACUGCAUCCACCGUACAAGGCUUUAGACCCUCGCCCGCCUCACCCACUGCCACCGCCGCCACCCCCCCCUUCUAGAAACCAAUCAAAUGUAAAAUAGAAUUAAUUAAAAUCAAUUGAAGAAAACACGCGGCUCCUGCUGCUGCGGAAGGAAUGUAAACUACACCACAUCGUUGUGAUAAUUUAAUGGGAAACUAUUUAGCUACUCACGUAUUUGAGUUGGAUUUUUGUGUGUUGCUUUAGGCUAUGUUGCUGUGUUGGAACAGAAAAAGAAAAAACACCUUCGGGGGGAAGAAGGAAAAGAACAUCUUGUAAAUCCUACUUAAGUAUACUGUGUAAUGCUAUCUAUCCUGAUUUUUUUGUUUGGAUUUGUUUGAUUUUCUUUAUAUUUUUCCUCUGUCGACUCCGGAGCCUCCGGGAAAUAACAUUUUUGAGCCGAGUUGCAUCAAAUCAACCGGGCUCGUUUUUAUCAGGAACAGCUCGUCUUAAGACGUUCACAGAAACGCAGCUGUUUUCCAAACUUCGGAGUUGAGAACUUUUUUUCAGGUCUGUUCAUUUUCUUGCUGUGAAGAGGUCUUUUUUCAGUGUACAGAGCUGUAAAUAAAACAAACAGUGACAGAGGAAACUGCUGUGGCUGUUAGUGUGGAUCCGUGGCUGUCGUGGUGUCUGGAGAUCUUCAUGUAACGUUGGACUGAUGGAAAACCUUCGCAUGUACAGAGAAACGACGCCGCGGCGUUCGCCGUCACACUGCAGGAACCUGGACUCUUGAGCAUCACCGACGGUGCCGAGUUACAAACACGAGACUUUUUAUUAUUUUUUCCUCUCCUCUACAACUUUACAACACAGUUGAAUUUGGGUUCACGAGGGGACAAAGUCAUUCGAGGAUACCAGUUUAUUCAGAACCGAAAGAAAUAUCUGAGUUCUAAGUGGUUCAGUCAGUGGAUCGGCCAAAGCUGAGUAUCCAAAUACCGGUUAUACUAUUAAUGCUCUUGUCAGUAGUAUACCAUAAAAUGAAAGCGUAACAUUAAAGUGUGUGACAGUUACAUUUAUUAUCACAGAAAACUAUCAAAAAAACCAACGCAUAUACAAUUUAAUUUUAUGUGUAAAGAUGAAACUUUCCUAAGCUGUGAACUGUGUGAAAUUGUGUUCAUCAUUCAUGUUUGGAAAGUCUAAAAGUCCCGCUAGCUACUUCCCCUUCAGACCGCAGUGUCCAUUGUAGAGCUGAAACUAUUAGUCUAUUACCAAAAGAAAAAAAAAUGAAUCGGCAACAGUUUUGAUCUAUCAAUCGUAAUCAAUCAUUUAAAUUGAGCAAAAUUAUUAUAACACUCAUUGGUUCCAACUUCACUAAAAUGAGCUGUUUCUAUCUCCUUUAUGUUACUGUCAGUGGAAUAUAUUUGGUUUUGGACUGUCGGUUUCCUUUAAUCCUUACAGGUAGUUUAAGAUAAAAAUGUAAAGUUUGUCCUGAAUGUGGCACAAGAGGAAAGCUCGAGAGGUCAUUGAAAUCAAUGCGGUUCAUCCUCGGGGGAGCAGGAAUGUCCACAGUAAAGUCUGAUAUGAAUCUUACAGAUAUUCGUCGAUAUGUUGCUAAAGUGUCGGACAGCCGGAUCGAUAUCAGGAUUCUUAUUGGUGCUGCAGCGUGCGAGGCUCAGACAAUACAACAGCUCAUUCAAAAAACAACUAAUUACCACAAUCUCAGUCAGGAUUAAUGCCAAAAUCUUCUCUCAACAAAAGAUUUGAAGGCUCAAUACACAGAGGACAUGUUUGAAAUGUCUGCUGUGGUUUGUGAAACAGCAGCUGUGUCUUUAUUCUGACAAACCGCCGCAGCUGGGAAGUGUAGAGGUGCACUGAUACUUGCAGGAUUGAGUGUGUUGUUUGUGGUGACUGUGGUAGAUGUUUCCCCGCUGUGUUCUCGAGCUUGAAGGAAGAGCUCUCUGGUCAGUGUCGCCUCUCGUUAGUUCCCACCUCUUUACCUCCUCAGUGUGAGGCUGAGCCGUUUGCCGUUUAGCAGAAGUAUUUAUUAAACCUGUUAGUUCUGUGCAGCGGGGGAGGUGGGCGCCGCUUCCUGCCGCGCUGCAGCCGCACAGCCAUGCAGGAUUAAUGACACCUGUACAGGCUUCAGUCCACUAACACCCACUCCACACGGCGCAGCAGAGAAACUGUAAUUACAACCCGAGGCUCUGCACAUUACCGGCGAUAAUUUGCGCCAGUAAAAGCGAGCUGGUUUGGAAGUUCAUUCAUUCUGAGCCCAGUGUUAAUGGCUGCUGAGGGUAAUGUGAGAUUUCACCUGUAGUGAUGCACACCAGCUGAGAAUAGAUGGAUGAAAGGAAAGCCACAGUGAGACAGUGCGCUGCAAAAAAAUCUCCCUAACAAGUCAUUUAGUCUCUUGCUGCGUCCUGAAGUCUUAAAACAAAGCAAGAAAUCAGCCUGUGGAGGAAGAUUAUUUCACCUGUUUUCCUCCAGUCAAGGUAGAGCUCUGCAGUGGCAGUAAAGGAAGAUAACAGGUUUAUCUUUAUACUUUAAAAAGUAAAAACAUAUAAAAGGGGCUUCAAUGGCCACAAGGUUAAUCCUUGGGGUCCAUCCACUAACAGUAGUUGUUUCUGCCACUGACAGGCUCAGAUUGUUAUUCUCAGUGUCUGACAGCAUUAUGUGUCUUUGUUUCGACUAGUGUAUUCAUUUCUAGAAACUUCCUGAAACAGAGAAAACUGCAGCGGGAACAAGUGGGAUUAAUCUCGCCCCUGUCGGAAGAAGAGUCUCGAUGGCAGACUCAAUGACUUGCCUUUUGUUUUUGGGGUUUUUUGCAGCAUGUGUGAGGUGUGAACAUCAACACUCCAGAAUCACAGAGGGAACAUCAAAGUGCCGCCGCCGGGCUGCGACGCCUUAAAAGGCUUAACAGGCAGCAAAACGGGGCCAUUUGCCGGGUCGCAGAGGGGUCGCACUAUUUAGUUUUACUCAACAAACAAUCGCCUUCGCUAAGCGUAUCGGACUGCCUCUUUCUCCUGCCUUCUUUCCUGUAUUUCUUUGGUGACGCCCAUUCCAGCCCCGCCACUUAAUUGGUUUUUAUUGUACAUACAUUUGUUUUUGAUGUGCGGGAGCUCAAUGUGUGGUGUGUUAACGCGAUUCAGAACACGAUUCCUCCGGUCUCUGAAGGUGACUUGAUUUAUUGUCGACGUACCUUGCACACACACACAGUCGCAGUAUUCCCCCAGCAGAUAAAUCAACCAUCAUUCAACCGACGUUCAACCCUCCCAGUGACAGAGAUUUAGAGUUCACGGGCGCCGCCGCGGUCCCUCUCGCUCCCCGUCUUCCUCUGGUGAUUUAACGCCGGCGCUCAGAGCUCUGAUUGAUUAUUUACAGGCCCAACAUGGAGGUCCACAUUGACUCUCCUCCUUCCUCCCCCCCUCGCCACGCUUCACAGUUUCACCGUAAACAAGUAAUUUUUUUGCUCCCCGUGAUGCCCGCCUGCCGCCAGGCCGACCGCUGCGCUCCCAGGUGGCCGCUGUGUUAUGCUGUCUCAGGUAAAGACAGAGGAGAGAGAGGUCGGAGUCAUGUACUGUUGGUUUAACCUCAACUCUUUGGCACCAAUUAACCCCAGAAGAGGAAAAGAAACCUCUGGUGACCUCUGAUGACCUUUGGUGACCUCUGGCGUUGCUGUUGGCUUUAACUCACAGCAAAACUGAAAUAAAGUAAGCAAACACGAGACUGCUCGUGUGUGUGUGUGCCAACAAUAAUAAGAAAAAUAGCAGCAAUAUACACAGCACGGCCAAAAGUAUGUGGACAUGUGAGUCCUGCUCAUAAAGUUCAGUUAUAAAAUCCCACAGCGCAGCAGCGUCCCUCCUGAUGACAGUGCAGGUAAAAGCGAUGAGCUAGUGUGCCACUGAACUGAAAAAAAGGACAGUAAUAAUGGACACUGACUGACACCAUUUCUGAGCAGGAUGCAGCCCGUUAAAAGUGUUUAUUUGCGUAUAGAGCAGAGGAGUGAGAUGUGAUCACAGGUGGCCACUGGAGACGCAUGUUAAUACCAGCUGUAAACAGGCCCCUGGAAACAAUCUGGAUGUGAGAUUUUAAUGCAAGCUGUAAAACAGAGCAUUAGUAUAUUAUAUGGACGGGGUUUGACCACAGACUGUUUUCUCUAAGAGGAGUUCAUUCAAAUACAACGUGUGCAAAUUGCCUAAAAGUACCACUCAAUUCAAAAUGGGUGAAUUCCUGUUGGGUUCGAAGAGGCUGUUUAGUUAAUAUGGUCAUGAUACACGUGCGUCCCGAUUUUCAUACAUAUUGGUGCCUUGGGGGCUCAGUUUUGCGGACCCAUAUAAUAUAAUUUGUACAUUUUCGCUAAAUUUUGUGCCACGUUUCAUGAGUUUUGAGCAUGCUGUGGCCUCCAAAAAUGAGAUAAUUCCCUUCAUUUCAAAGUCAAAAGCCUCAGCAACAUGUUGGACAAGAGUUUUAAUCAGAAUACAUCUUUUUUUUUAACAACCAAGCUCUUAUUGUCGCCCAGUCUUCAGAAAUUCUACAAUUUCCUUUUAAGUCUGUAGUUUAAAAUCGUACAGUAUCAGAUGUGUACAGUAUGUACUGUAUAUGUGUGUGUGCAUAGAAAGGAUCCUGAGGCCUCCUGUCACAUUACAAACACUUCCUGCUCCCUGGAGGAAAACUGAACCCCCUCCAAUCCACCACCACCACCAACCAAACUACCCAUCAACCCCCAGGAGAGCUGCUGUCACACACACUGACAGUCUCUGUGUGUGUGCAUUCAGCAGGUGUCUCUGCAUGCAGAGCGUCCACCUCCCGCCCUGCUGCCUUCAGUGACAAAUAAAAUAUAUAUAUAUAUGUGUGUGUAUGUAUUUCUGACAUCGCCAAAGUAUUGGAAGCGUUAUAAAUAUUCCAGAGAGGAAACACGGAUAGUAAGGUGGAGGAAAUAUUACAGAAAUGUAAUGACUCUUCUUCUCGUGGAGCUCCAGUCGUCCUCUCAAUUAGUUGUCCCGUAGGUUUCUGAGGCCGUGUGAAGCUCUUCAGGAGUUAUUAUGUUUCAAAUAUCUGAAGGGGAAAGAUUUUGAUGAGAAAACAGAGUUAUUGUCAGUGCAGCUCUGAUCCGUCUGCAGUUUUUAUUUGCUUCCCUGUGCGUAAGUACAUCACUCAGUAAUGAAAUGCAGUUCGUUUACCUCUAAACACACGCAAUUAAACUGCAGUCCUUAAUUCAAAAUGCUUUUAAAUGUAGUGUUUGGCACUGAAACACGUUGCUUUACCCUUGAUUUAUUAUUAACGUAAAGUGCACUAUAGUUCACUUCUAAAACACUUUAUAGACUUACUAAUUUAUGACUUAACUGCAUAAAUAUCUUCUAAAAAACGGUUUAUUUAAAAAAAAACAUUGGUUUACUACUGACAGGCAUUAUUUAUGUAUGAAAUCCACUGCUCUACUUUCAGAGGAAUCUUUUGUUUCCUAAAACAGACUGCGUCUCAAGUUGUGUAUUUUUAUGGUGAUUCUUAAAGCUGCACUAAUCAGUAUUUCUCAUAUUAACCAGAGCCUGAUAUGGUUUAUCACAGGUACUGGGCACCACCACCUCCUGGUGAGUCUGGGUAAUUACAUUCUUAAUGCUGAGAAAAACGGCAAAAGAUUUAUGGUUAUUGUGGUUGUAUCUGUGCUGAAAGAGAGUUCUGCCACCUUUUUUGGUCCAAUUCAGGCACCGAUAUUAACCGAUAGAUCAGAUUACUUUGUUUAAUGUCUAAAGAAUUGCUUGCAGUGAGGAUUAUCACCACCUCUGCAGCUCUACGAAGUCUUUUUAGCCUCUUUUAGCUUCUCGUUUUGGUUUUUACGGGACAUUUCCUGUCUGGUUCAGUCUCAGCUGUAGGAGGUAAAGAGGCUGAUGUUUCCCGCUGCAGUUGGUGGAGAACAAACCGGAGCUAAAAAGAGAGCGAACAUUGAACAAACACAUCGUUCUGUGUCUGCUGGAUGUGGAAGCAGGUGUCAGAUGUUGUGUUUGCUGCCCCCAAGUGGCCAAAAAACAAAUCAAUGCAGCUUUAGCAGAUAAUUAUCAACCCAUUUAAGAUGAAAACCAACAUUUUUCAAACUUUCAUUGGAACUAAGGGUCCAAAAUUAGGAAAAACUGACCAAUAUUACAUUAUUAUAUUAUACUUUCGGUACAUUUAAAGGACCAGUGUGUAGGAUUUAGUGGUUGCUAGUGGUGAAGUUACAACUAACUGAAUACUGCUCGUCUUUUAAACAUGUAGGAGAAACGACAGUGGCCUCAAAACUCACAAAAUAUCCUGUAAGGUAACAAAAACACAACGAUUCUUAUUUUUUAACAGAAUAUUAUAUUAAAUUUCUGCCAGUAGAUCCUCCUAAAUGUUACACACUGGACCUUUAAAUAUGUUUAAUCAUUGACUUCAAUAUAAGAAAAAUAAGACCCACAGUCACAAAAGUUGUGUGUACAUUUUCAAAUAAAUACUAAUAAAUAAAUUGCUAUUAAAUCAGGUUCAUUAGACUCAAAGUGUUUGAAAAUUCAACAUAAGUUAAAUGACAAAAGUAUGAUUUGAGACGCAUCCUGUGUUUCUUACUUUUUCCUGCUUUAUUUUUCUGAUGCAGUCGUAAAAACUUCUUCUGGUCUCUUUAUGAAUCACGUUGUUGUUGGCUCCUAAAUGACAGUAAAACAUGAAUGUUUUUGGUUUUCUGAGUCUGUGCAGUUCAAUGAAAGCUUCACUUUGUUCAAUUACUCAACAGAAUAUUAGUUUAUUCAGUGUUUGCCCCCCUUCGACUCCUCUCCUCGGUCUGACUCAGUGGAAUCAUCUUUCCUCUCUUCUCUAUGUCCACUAAUAUUUACUCUGUUUGUUCCUCUCAUGUGAAUCCUUGUGUUGGUGUGUGGGACUUUUGCACUGAUGGUGGCGUUUAAGUCGCAGGAAUCAGACGCAGCUUUCGACGUACACAAUCUAUAAAGAUCGAAGCUCGUCUUCCACUUUAUAGCCUCUUUCACACAGCUGCAGUCCUACAGAGAGUAAAGGUCUUUAAAGACUUCAGCAGUCUUCCCUUUAGCUGAUAGAGAGCAGGAACCACCCUACUAUAUAUACUGUUACACAUUAUGUUGCCUAUUAAACUGAGUCUACAAUAACGUGUAAGCUGCCUAUAGCUUGUUAUAGUGCAUACCAUAAUAAACUAUAGCGCUGGUUUCCUUAUGGGACCCCUUUUCUAUCAUUAUUUGUAUAAUAUAUUUUAUACAUAUUUCUCAGUAACUGCAGAAAGUUUGCAUAAAAAGUGAUUUGGAUGAAUUAUGAGCAGAUUAUUUCCUGUUUAGGAAACUUUUUAUGCAAUUCUCUGUUUGUAUUGUGUAUUUUUUUAAUACUUUUUAACAAUCAUACAGACUUAAUAGGCUUCUUUUUGGAUAAAUUCAGUGUUUUCUCGUCCCUGAUGCUUUGCUAUUAUAACUUUUUGCUUAAAGCUAUUACAAUACUUACGCUUGACAGAUUCGAAAAAAGUUCCUGUUCUGAAAGGACUCAAAUUUGGAGCAGCGUGACAAUUUAAACAGGCAUAAAAUUAUUAGUAUGAGUCAAACAAAACAGCUUGAUCCUACAUUUCCCAUAAUACAUUAGAGUCUUUCUGGCACUUGGCAAAUGAAAGUCUGAAUGUCAUUUGCAAGUUUUCUGUCUCUGCACCCGAUUAUUUCCUCGCUGCUCCAGAGCCAUAAAAGACCUCAUACAACUAUUGUAAGCUCAAGUCGGACUGCUGGCGACGGCUUAAUUGACUCUGACAAGUAAAAUCUGUAGAGUGCACCUUUAAUAAAACAUGAAGCUCCACCAACCUCGGUGGCUUUGAUGGCGUGUCACCUUCCUCUAUCUGAUUCUCAAACUGAUUUAUUUUUUUUUAGGUUGAGUGCCCACUUUCUCUCUCUGGAAGACACACUUAGUGUCACAUCUGGGCUGAAAUCUUUCUAAUUUUGACCAAAAUCCUUUAAGAACUUUUGAAUUCCGGAUGCUGAACGUCUCGUAGUGGGUUCAUUCUGUGACUCUAAUCAGUGCAAAAGUCUUUAACACAAAGAAAUCAAGUGGUAACGUGAGAGCUGCAGGCUUGUUUUACAUGAAAUCAUGUGAUAAAGUUUGGAGUGGUUUGCUGUUUUUUGGUUGUGUAUUAUACUGAGGCCGGAGUCUCCCGAAACGAGGCUUCAGCUGAGCAUGAAACAAGCCAACUUUAUAAAUAUUAUACAUUUUUGUUGUUGUCGCAGUUGUUUUAUCAAUGUUAUGGAAUCAACACUGCUAUAGACAUACUGUAUGAAUAUAAAUGGUCGUUGCUGUUUUUUACCAGACGCGGCGGUGUAAAUGAUGUUUUCUGAGUGGGCAGACUGGACUCUGUGUUUUCUAUUUCUUUACUCCAUCGUAACUGAAAAUCCGACACAAAUCCGACAGUCAGACUGCGAGAAGCAGGACGUUUGUUUUUCACGCUAAAUAGGAAGACUUGAGUUUCAAAAACUACGGAAGCUAAGAGUGGCCAGUGAUGUUAAUGCUAAUGUUAGGGCGGCUAUCGCCGGGAUAAUUAGCCUUAAAAAUAACAUCAGCAUGAAUGGUCUAUUUUUAACCUGGCAGAUAUGGGAAGGUAAAUAAGUUUUUUAAGAGAAAAGAGAAAAAAAACACAUCUUAAGAUAAGGAAAUUACGUCUGUAUUAUGUAUGUAAACUCAUCAGAAACACAGUUGCAUAAUUUGUUAUCUCAAGUAAGUAUUUUAUGCCAAAAAUCUAUCAGAAAAUUGUUUGAAAACUUAAGAUAACAACAUAUUUGUUAUCUUGGCUGCCAAAAAACAACAUGUUAUUGAGCUCCGAAAGUCCAGAAAGAUGAAAUUAUUAACAACUUCUGGGCUUUAUACGGUUUAUUAGGAGAAAAUAAGGUAAUUAAUUUGUAAUAAUUAGAUAAUUUUGAGCUAAUAGCAUUAAAUAAAACAGUUAUAUCAGUUUUACAAUAAAACUAUCAGCACAGGAGAUAAAAUGUGAACCUGUAAAAGUGAAAUAAAUCACUAUAAAGUUUGUUAUUGUUAGUGGAGGUGACAACUAACACACUUUAUCUAAAGAAAGUUAGAUUAUUCAUUUGUUUUUAUGAGAAACAAAUCUUGGAGAAGACCAUGGCGGCUCCGAGCUUCCGUACAUUAAAGAUGGAGUUUUAUUAUUUCUUUGUUUUUAAACUAGAAUAAGAAAACAGCAGGACAGAGCUGCCAAAUCACUUUUGUCUUUACAGCAAGUCCAAGUUUGUAGCCUAAUUGUUGGUUGGUUAUAUUUAUAUAGGAACAAUGCUAGUGAUGCCUUGUUUUUUGUACAGUUUUAUGUACAUGGAAGUGUAGGUUUUUAAAAAAUGAAGAUGAAAAAAUAUAUAUAUUCAAACAACGUGAAGGAAAUCUGACCUUGAACCUGUAGGAUUAUAUUGUCUAAAGUACCGUAGGCUCUAUUAAAUGUAGGAGUGAUGAUUCAGGCUCAGAGAGGAGGACGACAGCGUCUCUCCUCCAAUCAUCCACUGCUUUCCUUUCCGUUCUCUCAUGUUUCGCCCAGAGUCUGAAGACAAACUGUACAUUUCUUUAGUUCCUUUGUUUCGUUGUUUAUUUGGUCUUUUGGUUUUCUUGGAGGAAGUUGGGUGAUGUGUGUUAUUUUAUUUUGUUUUUUAGCCUCAUCUUUUGAUCCGCAUCCGCAUGUUUGAAUUUAAAAAAAAAAAGUGGUCUUUUAUUUUUGCUGAGCAAAUCAAAGAAAUGAUAUCUUGUAAUUACUCCUUACUUAUAGCUUUACAAUAAAAUACAUUCAGUCAAAGGAAGA